AUGUCAAGGAAGCCAACGAGUGGGCACAUGAAGGAGGCUGGCGCUGCACGAGUACUGACGGGUAAUGGUUUGGGAAGGGCAGGACGUGCCAGCCAUGGGGACAAGGGUGAGGCGGAGACAGAAGAGGAUGCAGAGGAGGAAGUCGAAGAGGAGUUUGAAGAGGAGGAGGAGGAUGAAGAUGCAGAGGAGGAGGUUGAGGAGGAGGUCAAGGAGGAGGUUGAAGAGGAGGAGGAGGAUGAAGAUGCAGAGGAGGAGGUUGAGGAGGAGGUCAAGGAGGAGGAAAAGGCAGAGGUGAAAGAGGUACCUGAUGCCGAUAGAAGGGCGUCAGAGGCAGAGGCAGAGGCAGAAAUGAACUUGGAGGAGGUGGUGGACGAAGCAGAAGCAGAGGCAGAAGUCGACGUCGAGGCAGCCGAGGAGGAGGAGGAGAAGGAGGAGUAG